AUGGCGGUGGAACGGGAUUUGGCAACAACCGUUAAAAACUGCACGGCGAGCCUGCAGGAGUUGCGCGACGAGGUUGUGGCGUGGGAAAAGAAGCAGCGUGCGUUUGAGCGCCAGGUGCGUGCGGCUGAGUCGGCAUGCAAGAGCGGCGUAGCUGCAACUCCUCCUCAGAGGGAGGGCGACGGCGGCUCCAGUAACGCUACCGAAGCUGGGAACGAGCCCGCUGAAAGCUUUUUUGACGCUGCGAAGCGGAAAACGCUAUUGUUGGGAAAAGAACAUCGUCAACUGCAAGCGACCAACAAGGCACUGAAAAAACGGCUGGAGGCUUCCAUGAGCGACUACAGGUCUGUCAGAGAGUUAAAGCAUGCCUAUCGUGAUCUUGAGGUGAGGAAGGCCGAGGUUGCUCGCGUGAAUGAAAAGCUGCGAGCGGCAAACCGCUGGAUGAAGCAAUGCACCUGGGAGGGCGACGAGAGGGCGGUAGUGGACUCGGAUGGAGGGGUGGCCUGA